GAGGGAGGGCUUGGGGGGUUCCCGGAGGGGCCGAGGGAGGGCUCGGGGGGUUCCCGGAGGGGCCGAGGGAGGGCUCGGGGGGUUCCCGGAGGGCUCUGGGGACUCUGGAGGCAGUGGGGGAGGCCCUGGGGUAUCAGUGGAGAUCCCUGAAGGGGAUUGCGGGUCUGGGGCAGCUGAGAGAUGCCGGGGGGUUCUGGGGUCACUGGGGUGGGUGUGAGGGUCCCAGAGAGGUUUGGGGUGGAGAGAGGUUAGUGUGGUUCUGGGCGUCCAGGAGGUCGAGGGGGUCCCCAUGUGGUUUGGGAAGCCCUCGGGGUGGUUAAAGUGGCAGAGAGCUGGGAUCUCACUGACAGAGACCCCCCCCCCCCAAAUCUCUCCCAUGGACCCCCCAAAUCUCCCCUAAAAACUCCAAACCCUCCCAGGGACCCCCAAAAUCCCAACAGGACUCUCUCAGCUCCCCUUAGAUCUAUAAGCCUGUCCAAGGGAAUGAUACCAAAUGGAUGUCAAGUACACUUUCUAACACAAUGUCAAGCGUUAGAAAGCAGGUGUUUAUCUGCCCAGGACAUGCUGAAGGAUUUCUCCUUUAAUCUGAUGUGUGCGGUGAAACUUUACCACAGGGUAUGGUCCUGGAGGGACUGUGAACAGGUCUCUGGUGGUCAUAUUCCCAGAAUGUUUCCAUAUUGCAGGUUACCAUUCCUUGAACCUUUUUUCCUUGAGCAUGCACUGUUACUUGUUAUGUAACUUGACAAAAACUCCACUAUAUUCCUCAUUACCUAUUUGUCCAGUGGCUCUAUGCUUGUGAUCCUCUAAGCAUACCUUUACAUCCUUUCAGGUUUUUUGCCAGUUAGUCUUUAGGCUCCAUCCAGCGCCUUCAGGGCAGUUGAAAAUGCCUCUUCUCUGUGUCAUUUAUCAGGAGCCCCAAAACCCUCCCAGGGCCCCCCAUCUCCCCUUAGGGACCUUGUGGUUUGGGAGGUUCAGAGAGCUGAAGGGAUCCCUGCGUAGUUUUGGAGGAACCUCAUGGGGUUUUGGGGGUCCCUGGAUGGCUCUGGGGGUGAGGUCUUCUGUCUCUGGACAGUUUUGAGGAUGUCUGUGGGGUUCAGGGUUUCCCCAUUUUUCUGUCUUCAUUUUAAGACAAAAGCCCUUUCAUUUCCUGUUUGCCAUAGUCUGUCCUGGCUCCAGCUGGUUUUAUUCAGCUUUUUAGUCAUUUGGGCCAGAAUUUCCCAUUCCUUGGAAUUCCUUGCUGGGACUUGGGUCAUUAAUUUUGGGUAAAAGACAUUUGGACUUGGUCUGUCCUUCCCCUGGUGUCAUGGAGCCAGAGGGUACCAUGGGGACAGUGAUUCUGGGAGCGCUUGGGUAUUUUUUAUUUGGGUCUAGAAGGAGUGACUUUGGGACAAACACUCUGUGUCUGCAGGGAUCCAGGAAUUCAAGAGCCAAGGGGCCGCUGAGUGGGGGAGAGUGGGGAAGAGUGGAGAGGCUUCUUUCCCUGUUUAUAUCUGGCUUUCCUUAUUGUUUGGUGAUGAGCAGAAAUUGAGGAUUUUUUCUGCCGAAUUUUCAGAUUAUUUUUACCCUUUCCCUUCCCCAGUUUUAUGACUUUGCCUCGUUUUCCCCAAAAGUUUCAUAAUAUUAAUCCUUUUUCUUCCAAAAUUUAAGGUUUUAAACUCUUUGCUUCCCAAGUUUUAAAAUUUUUUGCCCAUUUCUCCCUAAAUCUCUGGAUUUUUCCAUUCUUGUUCACUUUUCUCCCAAAUUUCAGAUUUUUUUUUUCCCUCAUCGUGCCUAAAAUUUGGUGGGUUUUUUCUUCCCUUUUUUGAGGCCAGAUUGCACGUUUGGGAGGGUUUGUGUGGGACCAGGUGAGUGAAGUGUUUUCUGGAUGUUGAGCUCCAUUUUGAUCUGAAUUUGGGGGAUGUUGGGCCAUAAAAUACCCAUUUUGAUUGAAACUGGGAGGAGUUGGGGGGAAAUUCAUCCUUUCCAUGAAAUUUUAGUGUGGAUUUGGUGGAAAUGGGGUAUUGAGAUGGCAUCAAGGGCAGGGUUUGGUGGGAGGGCUGUGUCAGCAUUUUAACCCCAUUUUGACAUGAAUCUAGGUGAUUUUAGUUAAAAUUCAUCUAUAUUUGGUGUGACUCUGAUUUAGAUGGAGACUCUGAUGUGGCCUCAAGGUGGGAGGAGGAUGAGGGGGAGAGAUGUUUUAUCUCUGUUUAAUUCCAUUUUGACCAAAAGGGAGGGCAUUGGGGGAAAUAGUAUUUUGACCCAAAAUGGGAGAAUUUGGGAAGAAAAACCAUUUUGAUCCAAACCUGGGGAAUUUUGGACAAAAUUUUGAGUUUGGAAUGUUUCAGGUGGAUUUAGAGGCAGUGGAGGCCAAAAUAAGCCCCAAGAGAUUUUUGUGAGGUGAAAAAAAGGCAUUUUGGGGUAUUAAAAGACAUUUUGGGGUAAUUUGGGAGUUAAUUUGAGGCUUCUGGAGACACCCCAGGGUUCACAUGGAUUUUUCUCAUAAAAUUACAGUUUUUCUUGAUUUUUGGUGUUUUUCGCAGGGAUGGCACAAGGUGGGAUCCGGUGGCUGCUCCUUCCUUUCUGUGUGUGGUGGUGGCAGUGCAGGUGGUGUUUUUCUUCAGCAGGUCAACUUGUCAAGAUCCCUUCCUCCUUGUUGUCCCACCUGUCAGCGCCCGUUGCACUGCGUUCCACUUCAGCAGUGUGCCCAGCCAGGAUAACCAUGCCAUCCUCAUUGCACCCACCACUGCCACUGCCACCACCACCCUCAAUCAUCGUGGCAUGGCAGGCCAUUCCUAGCACAGAUUUCUCCUGGGCCAGCAUCACCCUGAGUGCAACAAUGCAGAGCGCUGAGAACUCACAGAUGCCCAUUGGGCUUCUGGUGUUUGGGUUCCAGAGUCACGCUGGAUAUGGCUUCCUGGAAAUCUGUGCUGCCAUCCCCACACUGCUCUCCUGUGAGGAUUUGGUAUGCAAGGAGAGGUGUGAGAUGGAUGGACAACCAGAGUGCCUCCAGGAGACUUUCUCCAUCUGUUGGCUUGCUGGCGGGCCACACUACUGCAGUUUUCAUGGAAAGACCUUUGAUUUCAUGGGAACAUGUGCCUACACCUUGACCACCAUCUGCGAUCCCGAUCCCACCCUUCCUGCCUUCUCUGUUGAGGUCAAAAAGAGGGCAAAUGGGAACUCCAAAGUUUCCUCCAUCACCAUCCAUGUCGACAAUGUCACUGUCACUGCUGUCCCAUCAGAGAACGGGAUGGUGAGGGUGAAUAAUCACCUCUCGCACCUCCCCAUCUCCUCCCAUGGGAAGCUCCACAUCCACCAGAAGGGUAAAUCCAUGUUGAUCCAAUCAAAUUUCAAGCUGAAAGUCCUCUACAAGUGGGAUGAUCAUGUAGUAAUCAAACUUCUGGCUGCUCUUUCUGGAAAAGUCUGCGGAAUGUGCAGGAACAACAGGGAACUCUGGGAUGAUGCACUCUGUCUUGAUGCUCUCGCUUACCUGCCCAACAGCACCCACAGCAUCUGUGGCCUCGCCUGCCUCCCUACCUGUAGCAUCCCCACUGUGUCAUCCAGCUGUUCCACUGUCAGCACCUGCGUGGACACCUAUGUGACCUUGAAGCCAACACCUGCACUGCCCCUCUGAAUGUGGCUGUGUCUUUCAAGGUCUCUUCUAUGGCCUUGGCGAGGAAUUUUGGGGUGACCUCACUUGCACCCAACGCUCUGUGUGUGACGCGGAGCGGCGGCAGGCAGUGUACCGGGAUUCUGGUUGUACCACUAAGGAGGAAUGCGGAGUGGAGGAGGGGAUCUAGGAUUGUUAUCCCAAAAUUUUUGGGGUCUGCACCACUGUUGGAGCCACCCACUAUGAGACCUUUCAUCAAAGGAGGUUUAUCUUCCAGGGGAUGUGUGUCUUACCUACUGGUUGGGUUGUGUGAGGACACCCAAAAUUUGGUGGGAUUCCAGGUGUUGAUGCAGAAUGGCCACCAAAGUGACAACCGCAUAUCGUCCGUUGCCGUGGUGACAGUCAAAGUCUACAACAAAACCAUCAGCAUCAGCAGGGAACAUUGUGGAAAAAUCAUGACUAAUAAGAGUUGUUUGCGGCGGUUUGGCAGAAGCUGCUGAGGCCACCGCCUUCCCAAGAGUGUCUACUCUAGGAAGGGAUAGCCCAGUGAGCACCAGACGUGAGCACCACCCAGUUCACGCCACCAGAUGCUCUCACCUGCCCCCUCUCAAGAGCCAUUACCAGCUGCAUGCCCGCACCGGUGAGCACACCUGCGCAGGUGUGUCACCCCCCUCCACCCUGCAGCGAGCGGUGCUUUGAGGGGUGUCAGUGCACCGAGGGGCUGCUGUUCAACGGGGCCUGCUGCGUCUUCCCAGGGAACUGUGGCUGCCUCCCCCAGGAAUGCUACUCCAGCUCAACAGCCCACCCCCUGCCUGCGGAGUUCCCAGGACCGUUGACCAUCACGGAGACGCACACGACCCUCCAGGUCAGCUGAAUCCCAGGAAUUCUGGUGGAGCUGUGCACUGAUGGGACGGUGACAAGUGACACAUGGGCCCUGGCCGAGGCCUGGCGGUGCCUGACAUCACCCAGUGAUGUGGAAAAUUGACAUUUCACCUGAGUGGCCGCGCCCUAUCACUGACGUCAUCCUCAAACAGCCUCAGAUCCGGAAAACCCGGAUUUUUGCCUGGACACAUGAAGGUCUCCCCCAUUGUCGUCCUUCUCCUCCUCAGCCAUGCAGAGGAGUGGGGACCCCUGAGGACAUCAGGGGCUCCUGUGGGACCCCUCGGUAGGGUCCUGUACCCCUUCGGACCAGGGGUGGGGGAUGAGGCCACCCACCAUGAGGACGACGGGACGAGCCCUGAGAUCUUCCUGCAGGAAAACUUCUCCUUCUUUGGGCGUGCCUAUCGCUCACUCUAUGU